CUGAAAUUGUGUAAACUUAUUAUCCCUGAGUCCCGGACCUUCUCAAACCUUCCUCUACCAGUUUACAAAUACCAUUCUCCAUACUCAAAACAAGUCUUCGAUCGCUGAAGAAAAAGCUCUUACAACAGGAGAAGUUGAGAACGAUCUUUCAGAAAGUGAGAGAGAUCAGAUAGAUAGGUCUAAAUCUCAUGCGGCGUUUUCCUGCUCUUAUAGACAAGCUCAAACCAAUCGUUACGCUUUCAAGAUCACACGGUAAAGUAGUGAGAACCAUUAUACCGAAGAAACUUGGGAACAUGAACAAUAGCGAAAGAGAAACAGUGAAGAAGAUUGAGGAAACGGUAGAGCCAAUGGUUGCCUUCAGUAGACCACCGCCGUUUACACCAUUUGUCGGUCCAUUGCUCGUGUAUUCUCUUCUUCAAUCAUGGUCUGGUGGCGAUGAAGACGGCUAGUUACAUCUGUUGAAAAGUAAACUUGAUUUGGGAUUGGGCUAAUAAUUUCUCUAAUCAUGUUUAGCCCAAAACUUAGCCCAAAAUCUAGAAUAAUCAUCCACCUCCUCAAAAUAAAAAUCUAGAUAUUCUUAUAGAAUUAUCUAGAUAAUUAGUAAAAAAUAAUCUAGAUAUUUAAGUAGAAUUCUCUAGACUUAAACUUAAAAUAUUUGAGAUAUUUUGUAAUAUGG